GUAUGGCCAGGUGAGACAGUGUUCCCAGACUACACUAACCCUGGCUGUAUAGAGUGGUGGGCUGAGGAGUACGUCAAAUUAUUAAAGGAAAUCAAACACGACGCUCUGUGGAUUGAUAUGAAUGAGGUGUCCAACUUCAAGAAAGGCUCCAACAAGGGAUGUGAUGACAACAAUCUCAACUACCCUCCCUUCACUCCUAGUGUUCUGGAUGGGGUGCUGUACAGUAAAACUCUGUGUAUGGACUCUAAACAGACCUGGGGAAACCACUAUGAUGUCCACAGUCUCUAUGGUUACUCCAUGGUUCUUGCCACUGAAGUUGCUCUAAAGCGUGCGUUUGGUGGGAACCGGACCCUGAUGCUGACCCGCUCGUCCUUCCCUGGAGUGGGGAAGUACUCCGGCCACUGGCUGGGUGACAAUGCUGCUAACUGGAAUGACAUCAAAUGGGCCAUACCCGGUAUGCUGGAGUUUGGCCUGUUCGGAGUCCCCUACAUUGGUGCUGAUAUUUGCGGUUUCUUUGACAACUCGACAGAAGAGUUGUGUCGUCGUUGGAUGCAGGUGGGCGCGUUCUAUCCCUUCAGCCGGAACCACAACGCCCAACAUUACAAGCCCCAGGACCCGGCAGUGUUUGGUGCUGACUCACUGCUGUUGAAUACCUCUAAACAUUACCUGAAUAUCCGGUACACCCUGCUGCCCUACCUCUACACCCUCUUCUACAAGGCUCACACUACAGGGGACACCGUGGUCCGGCCCGUCAUGCACGAGUUCUACUCUGACAGUAACACCUGGACAGUGGACCGCCAGUUCCUCUGGGGGAAACACCUGCUCAUCACACCUGUACUGGAUCCUGGGGUGGAGUACAUCCAAGCCUAUGUCCCAGACGCUGUAUGGUUUGACUAUGAAACGGAAGUGCGAUUUACAGCCCGUAAGCAGCAUGUUGAGAUGUACCUGCCUGCAGACAAGCUUGGUUUACACAUCAGGGCGGAGCUAUUCUACCCUAUUCAGAGACCUGCGGUCACAACUGUUUACAGUCGGCGUAACCCCAUGGGUCUGAUCGUUGCGCUCGACGACAACAACACAGCAGCAGGAGAGCUAUUCUGGGAUGACGGAGACUCUCGAGAAACCGUUGAGAAUGGCAACUACAUGCACUACCAGUUCUCUGCUAACAAUGGCGUGUUGACCAUCCAGGUGAUGCAUUCUGGGUACAGUGACCCUAACAACCUGAAGUUUGAGAACAUCACCGUGCUGGGAGUCUCCAGUCGUCCCAUGACUGUCAGUGUUACCACCGGCAGCAACGUCAUCGUACAUCCUUUAGAAUAUGACACCAACAAGCAGGUGUUGUAUCUGAGAGGUUUGGAUCUGAUCCUGGGUCAGAACUACAUCGUGCGAUGGGACAAUGUCAUGCCAGAGACCCCGCGCUUUGACUGCUACCCAGAGCCCAGCGGUGACGAGACCAAGUGUAAGGAGGGCUGCAUCUGGGAGAUAUCUAGCAUUGAAGGCGUCCCGUGGUGUUACUACCCUGAGGACUAUGGUUACACCGCUACCACGGUGACAGAGCAACCUUCCGGCUGGAGCUUCGACGGAAGACCGGAAUCUCCGGACAUAAGCACUCUCAGAGUGGAGAUCAAAUACCACAGUGCACACCUACUGCAGUUUAAGAUCUAUGACCCUAAUAAUAAGCGAUAUGAGGUUCCUGUCCCCCUUAAUGUCCCCUCCACCCCAGAGACAGAUGAGACCAAGAGACUGUACACUGUCCACGUCAACAAACAGCCUUUUGGCAUCCAGGUCGUCAGAAAAAGCACUGGCACAUUAAUAUGGGACUCAGCGUUGCCAGGCUUUACCUUCUCAGAUCUGUUCAUCCAGGUGUCAACACGUCUGUCUUCAGAUUAUGUCUAUGGCUUUGGAGAGACAGAACACACCUCAUACAAACACGACCUCAACUAUCAUACCUGGGGCAUGUUCGCUAAGGACCAGCCUCCUGGGUAUAAAAUGAACAGCUAUGGUGUGCAUCCCUUCUAUAUGGGUCUAGAGAACACUGCCCAUGCUCACGGUGUACUACUGCUGAACAGCAACGCUAUGGAUGUGACCUUCCAGCCGACCCCAGCCCUGACUUAUCGUACCCUGGGGGGCAUCCUGGACUUCUACAUGGUGAUGGGACCCACCCCAGAACUGGUGGUGGAAGAAUAUACCGCACUGAUUGGACGUCCUGUGCUCCCUGCCUAUUGGUCCCUUGGGUUCCAGCUCUGUCGCUAUGGAUAUGCCAACGACACUGAGAUAGCAGACCUCUACAGGGACAUGAGAGCAGCAGGAAUACCCUACGAUGUGCAGUAUGCGGACAUAGACUACAUGGAGCGCCAGCUGGACUUUGUUCUGGAUAGCCAGUUCCAGGGUCUACCAGCGCUGGUGGACCGCAUGAGAGGAGAGGGCAUGAGAUUCAUCUUCAUACUGGACCCUGCCAUCUCUGCCAAUGAGACAGUGCCCUACCCUGCCUUUGACCGAGGUGUAAUACAAGACGUAUUCAUCAAAUGGCCCAAGGAUCUCAGCAAUGACAUCGUCUGGGGGAAGGUGUGGCCUGACUUCCCUGGUGUUGUAGUCAAUGAGUCUGUGGACUGGGACACGCAAGUAGAGAUCUACCGGUCUUAUGCGGCAUUCCCAGACUUCUUCAUGAGUCGUACAGCAACGUGGUGGCAUCAGGAGAUUGCAGAUUUCUACCAUAAUACCAUGAAGUUUGAUGGCCUCUGGAUCGACAUGAACGAACCAUCCAGCUUUGUCCAUGGAACCGUUGGAGAGAAGUGUCUGGGUCCCGCUGUCUACGAUAUGCCCCCAUACAUGCCACCCCUGGAGUCCAGACACCGCGGUCUCAACCAUAAGACUAUGUGCAUGAACAGCCAACAGCACCUCAGUGAUGGUACCCCAGUUAAACACUAUGACGUACACAACCUGUAUGGAUGGUCCCACACCAAACCAACAUACGAUGCCUUGCUGAGUGUGACAGGCAAGAGGGGGAUAGUGGUGACCAGGUCUACCUACCCCUCCAGUGGGAAGUGGGCUGGACACUGGUUGGGAGACAACAACUCCAGCUGGGAUCAGCUCUACAAGUCAAUCAUAGGAAUGAUGGAGUUCAGUCUGUUUGGAAUUUCUUAUACUGGAGCUGAUAUAUGUGGGUUCUUCAAUCCAGCCCAGUAUGAGAUGUGUCUUCGCUGGAUGCAGCUUGGUGCAUUCUAUCCUUACUCUCGCAACCACAACGGCAAGUUCAACCAUAGACAAGACCCUGUGUCGUGGGAUGCGUCGUUUUCUGAGGCUUCUCGUGAUGUGUUGAAUAUCCGCUACACACUCCUACCCUACCUCUACACACUCAUGUUUUACGCCCACAGCCAAGGAAGUACAGUGGUCCGACCACUAAUGCAUGAGUUCGUGAAUGACAGGAAGACGUGGGACAUCCACAGACAGUUCCUAUGGGGUCCUGCUCUGCUCAUCAGCCCGGUCCUGGAUGAGGGGGCCAGAGAGGUAAACGGCUAUGUCCCAGAUGACCGCUGGUAUGACUUCCACACGGCUGAGGCUGUUCCGGUGAGGGGCCAGAUGUUAACCAUGCCAACACCUCUCCACCACAUCAACCUCCACGUGAGAGGAGGAUACAUCCUGCCCUGGCAGAAACCAGAGAACAAUACACACUACAGUCGGAAGAAUCCUCUGGGGCUGAUCGUUGCCCUGAGCGACGAGAGAACUGCACAAGGUUCCCUGUUCUGGGAUGAUGGGGAGGGGAUCGAUACGUAUGAGAAAAACCAGUACCUACAUAUUUCGUUCACAGUUGCUUCGAACAUUCUGACCUGCAGUGUGAUGUUCAAUGGUCUGCCGGAGGCUGAGAGGCUGACCCUGGGUAUGGUGAAGGUAUGGGGGGCCGGGAGUGUUCCUGUCACGGAGGUCAUCUUACGAAAUAUCUCAGGCUCAGAGAACAAGAUCACCCACCAACACAACACAGUCACUGAGGAGCUGAUUGCUGAUGCUACUGCCUUAUCAGUCCGCGUGGAUCAGGGCUUCACGCUCAUCUGGAAAACCAACACCUAAUCACACUCACAUAAACACUGCACUGCCAUACAAUGUGUUUUUUAAACAGUGGUGGAAAAAGACCAACACCUAAUCACAUUCACAUAAACACUGCACUGCCAUAGAAUGUGUUUUUUAAACAGUGGUGGAAAAAGACCAACACCUAAUCACACUCACAUAAACACUGCACUGCCAUACAAUGUGUUUUUUAAACAGUGGUGGAAAAAGACCAACACCUAAUCACACUCACAUAAACACUGCACUGCCAUACAAUGUGCUUUUUUAAACAGUGGUGGAAAAAGUACCCAAUUGUCAUACUUGAGUAAAAGUAAAGAUACCUUUUAAUAGAAAAAGUAAAAG